AUAGCCUCAUUUCAAGUGAGCAUAAAGCAAACACCGCAAACUAUCCAUCGUUGGAUCAUUGAAUCGUUAACAACCGCACGUCACGUCACAUAUGCUGUUGAAAACCGAAAGAGGAAAAAAAACAAACAAACGAAUUCGCAAUGUUGAGUCUCAUAUAAAAUCGUACGUGGAGGCCGAAUGGCAUCAGUUUGUGAAUAAACAGCAAAAGUGUAACAACAAAAGUUGGACUAACGGAGUUAAAAGUGCAUAAUUACAAUUACAAAAAUUGUUUCAAAAACAUUCAAAAAACCAUAAUAGAAAACAAUAUCGAAAUGCAAUCGAACUGUGUGAAGAAUUCAGUGUGUGCCCUCGUCGUGAUGGUCGCAUUAAUUAGCUGCUUUAUGCACACCAUCGAUGCAAGGCCAAUGGAUCUGUACGAUGAUGUUAGUGACUUCUUCGAUGCAAUUUCAUUGGAUGAUGUACCCACAUCUGGUCGUUCUGCUCCUGAAAGUUUUUGUCGUAUGCCCGCAAGAAAAGGUGUCUGCCGUGCCCUCAUACCGCGUUGGAGUUACGAUCCCGUGAAGAAAGAAUGUAUUGAAUUCAAAUUCGGUGGCUGUGACGGCAAUGAAAAUAAUUUCUCCAGCUAUAAACUUUGCAUGGAUACGUGCCAGGGCAUGUAAAUCUCUACGUGAAGUACUUCUAGCUUCUAAUUAAUAUUGCCAAAGGAGGGCUUUCAUUAGCAAUCAACUGCCUAUGUUUUCAUCGAAUUCAUUCAAAUCAACAUAUUUUACAACAACGCAUACAACAUAUUUUUCAAUUUUCAAGCUUUAAUUUUAACUACAAUUUUAUUUGUGAUAUAAAAAAAUUUAUUUCUAACUUUAAAUUGUUCAUUUGAAUAUGUUUGGAGAAAGUUUAUGUUUGCUGACGUCAUUGGAACUUGAGAUUGAAUUACAAUCUUUGUGAGUUCAGCCGCUAAGACGAAUAGAAGUGCAAACAAUUGCUUUGAUUGAUAAGCAGUUUACAGACUUUUACAUUUAUGCAUAUUCAAGUGUACUAUUAUUAUAUACUAUGUAUUUAUUUAUUUUAUAUGUAAUUAAAAUUAUUAAAUAAAACAU